AUGUUCAGGUUCUGCUCGUCCAAAUGCCACAAGAACUUCAAAAUGAAGCGUAACCCACGUAAAGUGAAGUGGACAAAGGCAUUCCGAAAAGCGGCUGGAAAAGAGAUGACUAUUGACUCUACAUUCGAAUUCGAAAAGAGGCGCAAUAUUCCGGUCCGCUACAACCGAGAACUUGUGCAAACAACUCUCAAGGCCAUACAGCGAGUUACCGAGGUUCGUGCCAAACGCGAGAGGGCAUUCUGGAAGGCUCGUAUGGCGGUGGCAAGAGAGAAGCUGUUGGCGGCGAGGAUGCGAAAGAGACUGGCAGCAAGCAAGAAGGAUACAAACAUGACAGUAGAGAAAGAGGAUCAGGAAGAAGAGGAAGAGACGGCCGAAGUUACGCUAGACGACCUAGUGGAGCCAAUCCAAAAGGUGGUCUUACAAGAAAAAGUCAAAAUUGCCACCAAGUCGGCACCAAGAAAAAAGAAGAGUGCUCUUGUACCAGGAGGGGGCAUGAGUAUGAGUAUGAGUAUGGAUGUCGAUUAA